CUUGUCUCGCGUCGCCCGGCUGCAGUGGCGGACUUGGUGUACUGGCGGGACACCCGCAAGUCGACGUUCGUCUUCACCAGCCUGAUGGUGGCGCUGCUGUGCCUCUUGCACUUCAGCAUCGUCAGCGUCCUCUCCUACAUCUCCCUGGGCGUCCUCGCCAUCACCAUCUCUCUCAGGGUCUACAGCAAAGUGCUGCACGCCAUUCACCGGGGAGAGGGCGCCAACCCCUUCCAGGCUCAGCUGGAUGCAGACCUGGGGCUGUCCAAAGAGCAGCUGGAACGCCUGACGGAGCGGGUAGUCUUCUACACCACCUCGGGCACUCGGUCCAUACAGCGCCUUUUCCUGGUGGACGACUUGGUGGAGUCCAUU